CAUGGUGUACGCGACCUUCCCGCGCUACAAGGGGUUAUAAGAAGGCGCUGUCGGACUGUCCGGCAAAAUAUCCACAACACUCACAGCAUCAACUCCGCCCGCUGACCAACCAAGUCAUGGCUUCCCUUGCUACCCUUGUCUGCUUGCUAGCCUGUGUGCUGGCUUGCUUUGCUGCUCCUGCUGAGGAUUUGAAGACUUCUGCUCCAGCUGCAGGCUCUUCAGACCUAAAGGCAGAGUCUAGCUAUGGUCUGGGCUAUGGGGCUCCAUGGGGAGGCUAUGGGGGCUGGGGCUACCCUGGCUAUCACGGAUAUGGCUACCCCUACAGACACGGCUGGUACCCUGGAUAUGCUGGUUACGGUGGUAUUGGCUACGGAGGUUAUGGUAUCGGAGGGUACCCAGGAUGGUACUGAGGAAACAAAUGUUUGGCUUCUGAGUUAUUCUACCCACCUAUCUCAUAACAGGCUUUGAUAAUUUUUGUUAUACAAGUUUAAAAACCUACUUUGCUCAAGAUUAAUAAAAUUAUUGGUUUGAAUUUUUCUAAGGAAAUUGAUGUAAAAAAUAUCUAUUUUUAUGUUUUAAGAUUUUUAUGCAAAAUUUAAAAUAAAACAAUACAUUUUAA